UUAGUUUUGGGACAGGUCGUAUUUUCGGGGAAGCGCUAUUAAAUAUUAAAGUCAAAAUUAUUUUGCUGUUCUUUAUUCUUUACCAUCUUAAGAUACUGACUGCUAUUAUUUUUGUUUGUUUAUCUUUCCUUUCUGAAUUUAAGUUAAGACUACCCUUUGUGAAGGUGGCGUUCCACAGAGGCCAGUAGUAUUUGUUACUCGCCCGGAAUUACUAAAAAAAGUACAGCAGAACCUAUGCAGGUUAGGAAAUGAUCCAGGAUGGGUGAUUAUUUAUGGCAUGGCUGGCUGUGGAAAGUCUGUUUUGGCAGCAGAAACUCUACGUAACCACAGUCUUUUAAAAGAUUGCUUCCCAGGAGGAGUGCAUUGGGUUUCUGUUGGAAAACAGGAUAAAGCAGGUUUGUUAAUGAAACUCCAAAAUCUUUGCCUGAAAUUAGACCAGGACUUCAUUUAUUCACAAAGGCCACCAUUUAAUAUUGAGGAAGCAAAAGAUCGCCUUCGUUCGUUGCUGUUGCGCACGAGGCCAAGAUCUCUCUUGGUGCUUGAUGAUAUUUGGGAUUCCUGGGUUUUAAAAGCUUUUGAUAAUCAGUGUCAGAUUCUUAUCACCAGUAGAGACAGGAGUAUAGCAGAUUCUGUAACUG